AUGAGCCACAGGAAAGUGGCAGAGAUGCUGAGAACCACAGCAGCGCGGAGGAACAGCAGAACGAGCGGGUUCCAUCAAGCAUACGGAAGACACCGCGACGUGACCCACACAGCGGCGGGGCUCAUACUCCGCCUGCGCAUGUGCUCUCUCCCCCCUGAACCCUCAGCUCAAGUCCAGAGCGGCGGCCGCAUACGCACUGGGAAUAAGCGCCGUCAAGGCACCCCACCUGUGCAGCCUGGAGUAGCCGCAGAGGCCGGCAUGGACGAUGACGCGGACUGGGAGGACUGGGACGCCUCCCCCAUGGACGUUUUCUGGGAUGAGAACAGUGACUGGGACGAUGCACUUGUCCCAGACGAUGAAGAGGACUACCAGGACACGAAGAGUGAGGAGGAAGACCAGGACACAGAGGGUGAAGAGGACAACCAGACUCCCCUAGCAGGGGCCAGGCGUCACAGGGACGAAGAGGAGGAUGAAGAGGACAACCAGACGGUGCCGGAAUGGUCCCCUUCGUCUCCCAGUCCAGACCUCGUGCCCUCCCGUCCCCCUUUGGAGACAGGAGUCCGCAGCAUCCAGCAUGUCCCGAUGGAGCUGCCCCCGAUGGAGCUGCCCCCGAUGGAGCUGCCCCCGAUGGAGCUGCCCCCAAUGGAGCUGCCCCCGAUGGAGCUGCCCCUGAUGGAGCUGUCAAAAGGAGCAUCAGUGAAGCACCACUCUCCACAUCAGAGGAAGAUGAACAAAUCCACACAGACUUGA